CCUUCCUUCCGCGUAAUUUAAAAAACGCAACUACAAGAGAAACGGCCAGCUUUCCAUAACACGAACAUGGCCUCAAAAAGUUCAAGAAAAGUGGACUCAAAACAUCGCGCAUUCGACGUGGAAAUUGAUAAUUCCACUCGAAUAUUCCAGGGCUCCGAAGACACCUUUAACUUAGUAGAAGAUAAGGAAGAUGGCGAUGCACCCGUUGUAUUUUUCUGUGGGAAUUGCAAUCUACCCAUCGGGGACUCGUUGUCAUGGGCUGGAAGUGAUAACGAGAGUCAAAUCUAUUUAAAACGCGUGACUGAGAACGUUUUGGUUGGGAAAGAACAACGCAUAUAUCAACCAAAACCAAAGCAUCGCUGUCUGAUCCUUGACCUCUGCUGUAAGGGCUGUAAAUCUGAACUGGGCAUGUUGUAUCUGUCAACACCUAAAGCUCUGGAUUGUAGGAGGUUGACCUUCUGUUUCCUGGUUAAACAACUGGAGAGCUAUGUGCUGGGCUCGGCAAACCAGAAGGUGGCAGAAGAGAGCCCACCGAAGCUGCCCCUCACGGUCGAGGAUAGAGGCGAUAUUGAGCAACAACUGAUAGAGAUGAAAACCCUGGUGCUUUCAAUGGCUCAGAGGAUGGAGAAGAUCGAGGAAGGACUGCAGCCGGACCUCGACGAGUCCCUACCGUGAUGAAACGAUACGACUUCACGCACACACACACACACACGGACACACAUACACACGCACAGCAUUCCGUCAUAGGCAGGUUCACACGCACAACACUUGUGACUUCAGCCUCCCUUUGUUCGGUGUUGAGACAACGCCGGCUGGCUCGCAGGGCUCCUGUAAUCAAUCAGCGAUGUCGCUUUAGCUCGCGGCGCCGCUAUCUCCCCCCCGCCUCCCGUGUUUGCCAUGAUGGACACCAGUGGGGGACCCUGUGUUGAUUGGUGCACGGUACUGAAUUUCAUCAAGGUGCAGAGUAAGCACAUUGCUGUAUCGAUCUGAUCGUGUGAGGUUACGCGUGUCAUACACACACACACGCACAUACACACAAGCGCGUGCGUGCACAAUCAGACACACACCUCUUUGUUCUGCUUCUUGCCUUGUUCUGGACCUCAUAGGGUCCUGAGUGCAGCACCGGUCUAUUUCAUUGUGUUAGUGUUGGUCUGGAGGGGAGGGGAGGGUGUCCUCCUGUUCGGGGAGGACAGCUCUUUGUCAAAUGUCUCGGUCAAAUUUUUAAAAUAAAAACCCUCCUUUGCU